AUGAAGGCGUUUAUUGUGUUCUUAUUGGCUCUGGCUAUCGCCAGCUGUGCAGCAGUUGAUGAUUCAAAGAAAGACAAACGUGGCCUCUGGGAGGAAGGGCUGGAGCAUGGAAACCACUUCGAUGAUGACGCAGAGCACGACAAUUAUGAGCAGGAAGAUCAUCAUCAACAUCAGCACUUGGAUUUAGACCAUCAUCAACAUCAGCACUUGGAUCUGGAUCAUCAUUGGGAAUCGGAAAAUGAUGUGAAGCAUGUUAUCACCAAGCAAGUUCCAGUUCCUUAUCCAGUGGAAGUAGAGAAGCACGUCCCGGUGCAUGUGAACGUCCCAUAUCCAGUGCACACCGAGAAAAAGGUACCGGUGGUAGUUGAAAAGCAUGUUCCAGUGUACGUCGAGAAGAAGGUGCCCGUCCACGUGGACCGUCCAGUUCCAUACCCAGUGAAGGUUGAGGUCCCAGUCUACCAAAAGGAGUACAUUGAGGUCCCAAAACCGUACGCAGUUCAUGUCGACAAGCCUUAUCCAGUUUACGUGAAACAGCCCGUUUACAUCGAGAAGCCUGUGCCAGUCACUGUGUAUAUUAAGAAACACGAGAAGAAAUCGUUCUGGGGUUGA